UAAAGACGAGGGUAGGGAGGAGCGGCUGCAGACGGUCCUGCCCGAGGCGGACACCCAGGGCUCACUGGUGCGGGGGCACCUGACGCCCCGCGCGAGCCCUUUGGGCGGCACUGCGCAGGCGCGCGGCGCCCUCGCCCCCUCCCUUCUUCGUGCCGCCCUUUCACCCUGGCAACCGCGGCGCGACAACGGCGCGCGCGCUGGCUGGGCGCGGACGGGCGGGGCUGGGCGGCGCCGGUGCGGGUGGAGGCUGCGGCCGCGGGUAGCGGUCUUGGCGUGUCCCACCUCCUUCGGCGUCUUCGCACGGUUCCUCCUCGUGGGUUCGGGCCCAGCGGCUUUACCCCUCACCAUGGACUCCCAGAAAUAUAUGUCUAUUGGACAGUGCUACUCUAAGGAGAAGGAAAACACUGCAGUUGGUAAAGGCUGUAUUCUGACUUCUAACAUCACUGUUAGACCAGAGGCAAUUGACUUUGAGCAGGAAGCUCUGCAAAGGAUCAUUUCAACUCUGGCAAAUAAAAAUGAUGAAAUACAGAAUUUUAUUGAUACUCUAAAUCAUACACUAAAAGGAGUUCAGGAAAAUUCUUCUAACAUACUUUCAGAAUUAGAUGAAGAAUUUGAUAGUUUAUACACUAUAUUGGAUGAGGUGAAAGAAAGUAUGGUUAACAGUAUCAAGCAGGAACAAGCUCGUAAAUCACAAGAGUUACAGAGUCAGCUUAGCCAAUGUAACAAUGCCCUGGAGAACUCUGAAGAACUACUAGAGUUCGCGACAAGGUCGUUAGAUAUAAAGGAACCUGAAGAAUUUUCAAAGGCUGCCAGACAGAUCAAGGAUAGAGUCACAAUGGCUUCAGCCUUUCGCCUUUCUUUGAAACCAAAGGUCAGUGACAACAUGACUCAUUUAAUGGUGGAUUUCUCUCAGGAAAGACAGAUACUGCAAACAUUGAAGUUUUUGCCAGUCCCCAAAGCUCCAGAGAUAGAUCCAGUAGAGUGUAUGGUGGCUGACAACUCUGUAACAGUAGCUUGGAGAAUGCCAGAAGAAGAUAAUAAGAUUGACCAUUUUAUAUUGGAAUAUAGGAAAACUAAUUUUGAUGGGCUUCCACGUGUAAAGGAUGAACGAUGCUGGGAGCUAGUUGAUCAUAUUAAGGGUACUGAAUACACAUUAUCAGGCUUAAAAUUUGAUUCUAAGUAUAUGAAUUUCAGAGUGCGAGCUUGUAACAAGGCUGUGGCUGGAGAGUUUUCUGAUCCCGUGACUCUGGAAACCAAAGCACUUAACUUCAAUUUGGAUGGCUCUUCAUCCCAUUUGAACUUGAAAGUUGAAGAUACCUGUGUAGAGUGGGAUCCUACUGGAGGAAAAGGUCAAGACAGUAAAAUUAAAGGAAAAGAGAAUAAGGGCAGUGUCCAUGUUACUUCACUGAAGAAGCAUACAAGAAGUGGUACACCUUCCCCCAAACGGACAUCUGUAGGCUCCAGGCCACCAGCAGUAAGAGGCAGCAGAGAUCGUUUUACCGGGGAAUCAUAUACAGUGCUGGGAGAUACUGCUAUUGAAAGCGGACAACAUUAUUGGGAGGUCAAGGCCCAGAAGGAUUGUAAAUCCUACAGUGUGGGAGUGGCAUAUAAAACUUUGGGGAAAUUUGACCAAUUGGGAAAGACAAACACUAGUUGGUGUAUCCAUGUCAACAACUGGCUACAAAACACGUUUGCUGCAAAACAUAAUAAUAAAGUCAAAGCUUUGGAUGUUACUGUUCCUGAGAAAAUAGGUGUAUUUUGUGAUUUUGAUGGGGGUCAACUUUCUUUCUAUGAUGCAAGCUCAAAACAGUUGCUAUAUUCCUUUAAGACAAAAUUUACUCAGCCAGUACUACCUGGUUUCAUGGUUUGGUGUGGUGGACUUUCUUUGAGUACUGGGAUGCAAGUUCCAAGUGCUGUAAGAACCCUUCAGAAAAGUGAAAAUGGAAUGACUGGUUCAACUGGCAGCCUGAACACUGUUGCUCAGUAACGCUGGCUCAGACAUGUUUACCCUCCCUCUUGAUUGAGUGGCCUUUUCUGUGCAGUUACUAAUCACAGAAAUUUGUGAAUGGUGGAAAACAGAUUUGCUAUAUUCUGCUUUAAGGCCUGAAAUCUGUUAGCAUUAAGUAUCUAGUAAGCUUUCACAGGAACCUACUGUGCAAUACCAUAGAAGCAGCAGAUAUCAAGCACUAGAUUGAUGUUUUGAAGUACAAAUGGGAAAAAAGAUGGUGUUGAAAUGUUUAUAUAGAAACUCAUUUUUGUGUUUCUUGGAUUGCUUUGGCUCUUCUAAAUGUGUAAUUACAUAUGGUAACUCUGGGGCCUGGGGUGAAAAGCUUUUAAAUCAUGCCUUCUUUCCUCUGUUUCUCUUUUCUGUCUCAUUACUACCUACUAUUUAGUUCUUUCACUAAAGCUUUAAGAAUAUAUAGUCCUCUAAAGUUUUCUAAAAAGUGAAAUCACUGUUUGGGGGUGAUAGAAAGUUUUAUUACAGUGGUUUAUUUUUCCCUUUUUAUAAAUUAGUUUUUCUGCAUUAUCUUUUUGUUAUCUAACUUGAUUAUAUAACACUUCCCCUUCCAAAAUACCCUUAUUUAUCUUGUGGUUAUAACUCAAAAUAGAGUGGAUAUGAAGAGUUUCUAGACAUAAUAGCUUAAUAUUGCGCAAAUUUCAAUGGCUGACGCCACAGCUCACUAGGCUAAUCCUCUGCCUGCAGCCCUGGCACCCCUGGUUCUAGUCCCGGUGGGGCACUGCAUUCUGUCUGGGUUGCUCCUCUUCCAGUCCAGCUCUCUGCUGUGGCCCAGAAAGGCAGUGGAGGAUGGCCCAAGUACUUAGGCCCUGCACCCUCAUGGGAGACCAGGAGGAAGCACCUGGCGCCUGGCUUUGGAUCAGUGCAGCACGCAGGCUGUAGCGGCCAUUUGAGGGGUGAACCAGUGGAAAAGGAAGACCUUUCUUUCUGUCUCUCUCUCUCUCUCUGUCUAACUCUGCCUGUCAAAAAAAAAAUUGCCCAAAUUUCUAUUUUAUACCUGGUGUACUAACAUAGUAGCAAAGGGAUAUUCUUUAUAUGUUGUCCUAUUUAAUUAGACUUCUUUUCAUUCCAUCAUUUUGGAUGAUGGUUAAGAUUUUAAAAGCUGUAUAUUUUCUGAUUUUGUUGUCUGCUUUAAUUACAUCUUUCAUAGUUACCUUAGGUAAGAUUCCCACUCAAAUUUGGCACUAACAUGACAAUUAUGCUGAUUUUUAACAUUUCUAGUAGGAAUGAAAGUUUAUUAAUAAAGUUACAUGAUGGGAAGAGAAACCUAUACUACUCAACUUUUAUCUAAGAAGGGAUUAUAAGGAAGAUGCCUAAAAGUAUUCCUAAUGAGGAAAUUUAUGACUUUUUAAUAAGAAAUGUAAUGGUUUAAACAGUUGCUUUGAAAACAGUUACCUCUCUCUGACUUUAUUGGCACAUGGGUUUUCAAACAACUCAGAGGUUAUUUUUGUCUCAGUCAUUUUAUUACAUUUGUUUGCUUUUUAAAGAGAUGUAGUUCUUCCAAAAACCAAUAUAGACAUCUUUCUUGAACUUUAGGAAAAUGUACUAAACAAUAGUAAGACCCGAGGUUACUGAACAGAACAUACCUGUUCUUAAAAAGUUGAUUAAAAUGUGUAACUCAAGUGCUUUGAGCCAAACUAAAAGUUGUAGUUAAGUGUUUAAGAAUUCUUUGAUAAUUUAUAAGAGGUCUGAAUUUGUAACUUCCUAAAUUUUUGAAGCUCUUAAUGUCUUUUAAUUUUUUGACUUUCUUUCAUUCUCCUUUAUUUUGGGCUGUGACAACCUUCUUCUAAGAGGUGACCAUUGCUGCUUACAUUUGAGUUGCUUUCUACCCAAAGGCCUGUGUAAUGGUAGUAGUUUCUACUGCUCACUGAGAGGAUAUUUUGUUUCAUUGAUAAAACAAAUCUGAAUGAGGAGUUUUAUUUGAACUGCAGUGUUUUUUAAAAGCUAAGGACUUGCAUAUCUGCACUACUGCUUGAUGACAUACUGGUAAUUUUAGAGACUUGGAACUUAGAGUUUAGAGAAUGAGUAUAUCUGUAAGCAUUCUUUUGAUUCUCUAAACAAAUGUAAUUUUGAUUUUUGUUCCUCAUAUAUUUUGAAAGAUAUUUUUGGAUAUUCUUUCCCUGUUUAGAGGGCUACUCCAGGACCUAAGGAAACAGGAAUUUAUAAGUCCAUUUUAUAAACUCAAACCUGAAAGCAGUAAUUUAGUAAUCAAGUUGCUUUUAUGUGAUUAGCUACACAGUAUAUUUUAGCAAAAAUGACCCAGAAAAAGCCAAAUGUUCUUGUAUACAAUUUUUUACUAUUAUGUCUUAUAUAAUUGUGUCUUCUCAUUAAUUCAGUGCCUUUUUCCUCUAAGCAUGCUCUUGCUUCAUGCUCCAUGCAGUGUCAGCUGAUAAGCGGAGAGCAUUAUGUUGUAGUGGUCAGGGCCUUCUGUUGCAGGAGCAUGGGGAAAAAGAAACGUAUUAAUCAGGGGCUGGAGGAGUGUAUCUGAUGCUUUCUUGUGCUCAUGCCAUCAUUUGAGACUCUUCAUAUAAUUUUUUAUAAUAUUCUUUUGGAAAAUGUAUUAAAUUUCACUGGGGAGGUUUCAUUUCUCAGAGAUUUUACGAUAAAUACAUAUUUAGCAAAUGAAGAAUCCAAGUUCUCAUUACAUGUAAUACUUGUUAUUAAAUUGUACUAUUAUCAUUUUGAAAUAAGAACUUGAGGGUUUCCUCUUACUACAUUUCUUAAAGGUUUCUAAAAUUAAAACAAAAUACAUGAAUUUCUUUUUAGGCUUAUGUUUUAAAUUGUAAAGUUAAACUGGAGAAAGUUUGUCACCCUCAUUUUCAAACUAAAAAAUAAUCAAAUAUAGUGCCUAUUUAGUCUCAGAAUAAGGGAACUGUCUUGUUGGAUCAUAAUGUAGAACAUUCUCAUUGACAUUUGAAUUAAGUAUUGAGCAUUCAUGCUCACUUUAGUAUAUUGUAAAAGGUUGGUAAACCCGUUCAGACAUUCUUUAUUUCUUUAUUUACUUUAUGUUUUGACAGGUCAAAUAUGAAUGCUUUCUGCAAAGGAAAUGCAUGAGAGGUUGACUGUCGUGGAUGUAAUCAUAGGUGUAAAAACUUGUUCUAUAAAAACAUUGAUCUAGUAUUGCAUUUGUUGUUUAGCAGUUGAAUUUCAAACCAGUUUUAUUGAACUGGAUAUAGAAAUGAAGGAACUGCCUUAAGCACUUUAGAAAAUAAUGUUUUUACAAUUCAUUUUGACUCUUCCAGCAGACCAUGUCACAUAUGUCUCUAAUUUUUGGUAAAUAUAUAAUUAGUAAUUAUAGAAAUUUAACAUACAGCAAUUUGAAUGUUCCAGGUAUAACUAAACAAAUUAAAAGGAUUAGGCACCUGCUUUUCUGUACAUGGUUUUAAUUGAUAACAUCUGCACCAUUUUGACAAACUGAAAUGACUACUGUAUAACUAGACUUGGCAAACUUUUACUCUGUCCCAUAAUUAAUAAUUUUCCUCCAUGGUAUAUAAAGAGACAUACUGGCUUUCUUUUGCUUACUCAUUUGUGAAAUUAAAGUAUGAAAAAUAUGUGUCAUUUGAAUCCAUUUGUGACUUAUCCUAGGUCAUAUGAUUAAUAACAAGUAUCUAAUUAAAUAUUUUAAUGAGGCUAAUAUGAAUGAUUGGCUUUUAUCCCUAUAGUUUGUCCAUAAAAUUAUAUUUAUUUCUGUAUUUUUAAUUGUUUCUUUUGGAAACAUUGGGAACAAAUUAGGAAAGGAUGUAUUUGGAAAAUGAUUACUUCAAAAAGUAUUACUUUUAAAAGGAGACAGUAUAGACUUCUUGCCAUAAAAUAUAAUUCCAGGCUAAGAAAUUAUAUUUUCAGAUUAUCACAAUUCUCUUUAAAAAGUUAUAUUUCCUAGAUUGGUGUUCAUUCAUUGGCUAAUUCGUACAACAAGUAUAUGAGUGUGAUAUGGCAGUCAACAUUUGACUACUUUAUAUUUGCCUUUGCAAAAGUAUUGAAAUUUGAUUUAUGAUGCAUAAAUCAUUUAUGAUGCUGCUUUUGAAUGGGGGUACAUUUUGCAUCUCAAAAAUAAUGUCUUGCUACCCAGAUGUUUAGAAGAGUAAUUUCAAAUUUCAAAAUCACUGCAUAAUAAGGUUCACUUUUGUAUCGCCACAUUAAGUAAGUCUGGAAAAGUUUCUUAUUUUUUUUUCUACCCUGGAUAUUAUCUUUUAGGGAAAUGUAUGGUCAGCAUACAUUUACUCAGUAUCCAGGUACCCUAAAGUUAUUAGUUAUUCUUAACCAAAAUGUGCAGUUCAGAAUGCAGGCACUGAAGUAUUACGUGAGAUCAUGAAUGUUUUCUUAAUCAUCACAGCAAGAUUACCUCAUGUUCAGUAUAGUUUUACUUUUGUGUUAAGUACAGUAUUCACAUUUUUUAAAUUAUUUGUGAUCCUGAUAUGUUAUGUAUGGUAGCUUUGUUACUUGAAUAUUUGGAUAACCUAAAUACUUUAAUCAUUUUGAAUUAGCUGGAGUUUAAAUGGAUUGCAUUUGCUGUAUCUUGUUUUCAUUGAAAAGAUAGUGUUGAACAUGGCAUUUAAUAUUUGUUUCAGAUUGUAAAUAAAUACCAAAAAUUGCCAUAGUACUUUUCUCUUCAGCCUACCCAAUUUUUCAAAAAUAGAGUAUUCAUUUUUUUGGGGUCAAUAUAAAAUACAGACGUUGAUUCAUAAUUAUUGAAGCUAUAUUAGUUUAAACUGAUUUUUUUCUAAUGUUACAUAUUCAGUAUGAGUUGGUCCUUGGGCACGGACACCUAGAGGGUCUCACAGUAUGUAGGGAAGAAGGCAGGUGAAUGUAUUUGCUUUGGCCUGGAGCUGAUUAAGUUUAGACUAAUUUAAAACAAGUCAGAUUGUAAGUGAUUAGUAAAAGCAUUUUAAUCAGUACUAGAACGUUUUUUGGAAAGCAUAAGGAAAAUGUGUAAUUUGUUUUAACAUUUCAAAUAUCUCUGAGGUACCAAAGCACUGAAUCUAAUUUAGCUUUCAAGGGAGACUCUUUAAAAUCAACCUCAUAACUAAUCAAUACUAUAAGAUAUAUAAUAACUAAGGUUUUGGAGUAAUUUAUAAAAGUUACUAGUCAAAAAUCUCUGGAUAUGAUAUAAAAAAAUGUGGGUUUCAUAUCCUUUGAAGUUGUUAAAGUUAGUCACCUUAUCUCUACCAUAUGAUAUAUCUACAACCUCUACAUAAAUCAUUAAUCAUCUUUGGGCCUCUGCUGCCUUAAUUCUCAAAAAAUUGUAACUUACUCAGCCUACCUCACAGGGCUGUUGUGAGGAAUACAGUGGAAUGGAGUACAUAAAAUUGCUUUAACGACAGUAAAGUACUGUGUAAAUGUGAGGUGUCACAUUGAGUUAAUAAUGGAUUUAAGUGUUUGGGUACUUCUAGAUGUCAUUUACUUUGAUAGAGCAUGUUCUUUAAGUGCUAUCAUCAGUGAUUUCAAAUGUGAUUUUGAAAAAUAAAACCUCCAAUUUUAAAAUGCCCUUUAAUAUAUACACUUAGUCUGUAUUUUUAUAUUUUCUCAUAAAGCAUGUCACUAUUUCAAGACUUUCUAGAGCUUUAAAAGUUCUCUCACCACAUUAGUGUGUCAGUGUAGAAUAGUAGCAUAAAUAGAUAGAUGACUUAAGCUACAUUUCUGCCCAGGAAUUUGCACUUACAGUUUAGGGGUGCUCCGUGCCACAUGCUAAGAAUUAAUUGGCCUAAAUGACUCCAGACAACCAAGGGAUUCAAUGGUUUAUUGUCACUGGAUGAACAAAACAAGGUACCCAGUGCACUUUUGACAACUUUGUUGCAUUGUCAUUUUUAAAAAAAUAAAAUGAAGCAUUUGAAAACUUUGCUAGUUAACCUGAAUAUCAUUUAUUAUCUCUCCUAAUAUAUCUGUCUUAAAAUGGUUUACAUGUUAAUCUACAGAUUUGGUAUGUCUAUUAACUAGACAUGAUUUUGCUAUGCAGUUGUGAUAAUAAAAAUUCUAAGUCAAAGUCCUCAGGUUUAACUUUUAAGUUAUAGAUGAAAACCAUUAAUGAACAACUUAUGAUGUACUCAGUGCUGCAAAAUAGUGUUUUUAUAAGCACAUUGCCUCAUUUUCCUUGGAAACAAGAUAAACCCUCUAAAUAGUUUUGUAACUUUAAGAUAGGGUAUUCAGAAUGAAUAACUUGUAUGUUGAAAUGAUUGUAUGUUCUAUGUAGAAUGUCCCAGUUAAGUUUUUACAAAAAUACCUGGAAUAUGUCAUCUGCAAAUUAAAAUUUUUUUCUGGUUUA